AAUUGCGCAGAGCGCGAGACGGGAGACCUUGCCGCGGCUCAGGGCCUCCCGCCGGGACGCAGCUUGUGGCUCCAAAACCCCUGCCCCCAACCACAGGUAGAUAUUAGCCAGAGGAUCGGGUGUACCAGAGCCUUACAUUUGUCUCACUCCUUCCUCCUGCUCCAGCCAGCGUCCGGAAAAUCGAGCAGCCGGGCUUUAAAGAUCACCCUCGCAGCAGCCAGUAGAUCCACACCACUCCAGUGCUCCUGCGCUGCUCCGUCUUGCGCUUUCGGUCUGCGGGCAUCAGAGCGCGUGCGAGCGAGAGCGAGCGAAUUUUGCACCUGCUCCGUUCUCAUUCCAAUUCGCGAAAAUGGCCGAUUACGUGCCCGCCCCCGGCAGGAACCACCUGUUUGUCCCCGGUCCCGUCAACAUCCCCGAAUCUGUCAUGCGGGCUAUGAACCGGAACAAUGAGGAUCACCGCUCGCCCGCCUUCCCCAAGCUCUCCAAGUCGGUCAUCGACGACGUCAAGAGAAUUUUCAAAAGCUCCAAGGGCACGUCCUUCAUCUUCCCCACCACAGGUACCGGAGCGUGGGAGAGCGCGCUGACCAACACUCUGUCGCCGGGAGACAAGAUCAUCUCGUUCCGCCUCGGGCAAUUCAGUUUGUUAUGGAUAGACCAGAUGCAGCGCCUGAGAUUCGAUGUGGAUGUCGUGGACUGUGAGUGGGGCAGCGGCGUGGACUUGGACCUGUUGAAGGCCAAGCUUGCAGCAGACAGGUCGCACAAUGUGAAGGCCGUGUGCGUGGUCCACAACGAGACGUCCACCGGAGUGACGAACGAUAUCGGAGGAGUGCGCAGAGUCCUAGACGAAGUGAGGCAUCCGGCGCUGCUGUUGGUCGACGGAGUGUCGUCCAUCGGCGCCAUCGACUUCCGCAUGGACGACUGGAAAGUGGACGUAGCUCUGACAGGGUCUCAGAAAGCGCUCUCGUUGCCCACCGGGUUGGGGAUUGUGUGCGCCAGUCCCAAGGCCCUGGAAGCCGCGAAGACCUCCAAGUCUCUCAGGGUGUUCUUCGACUGGGCCGAUUACAUCAAAUUCUACGCCGCCGGCACGUACUGGCCUUACACUCCGUCCAUUCAACUCCUGUACGGGCUCCGCGCCGCGCUGGAUCUGAUUUUCGACGAAGGACUGGACAAUGUCAUCGCCCGGCACCAUCGCCUGGGAGGCGCUACCAGGGAAGCUGUCAAGGCAUGGGGCUUGACGAUAGCCACCAAGAAGGAUGAGUGGAUCAGUGACACCGUCACAGCCGUCGUAGUGCCACCUCACAUCGACAGCGCCAACGUGGUCAAGCUGGCCUGGAAGAAGUACAAUCUCAGUCUCGGAGUCGGCCUCAACAAGGUUGCAGGCAAAGUGUUCAGGAUUGGCCAUCUGGGAAGCAUGAACGAGUUGCAACUGCUGGGAGCGUUGGCUGGAGUGGAGAUUGUUCUCGUGGAGCUCGGAGUGAAUAUUAAGCUGGGAAGUGGAAUUGCUGCAGCUCAGGCUCAUCUUUCUAAGAAUACUCCCUUGAUUUCGUCUCGAAUCUAAAGUCUUUUUGCAGAUGAAAUACCUGUAAUCAUUCGCCAUUCAGCCCCAAGUCCCGAAGUAUGGUAUUUUUUAAUGUAAAUAGACCUUUGAAAGUGACAACGUAGUUUCUUCGUCGAAAUUUUUGUCAGGUCGCCCCAAGCCCGUCCUGGAUUUGUGCAGUUAGGACUAAAAGUUACAGAUCCAUGCAAAACGAGAAACCCCUACCAGUAUAAAAGAUUUUUCGAGCUUUCACUGUAUAUAUAUACUCACGUAUGUUUAGCAAUACGUGGUAUUUUAAACCAAAAUUGUACUGUUGGGAUUUCAUCC